AUGGUGGAAGGAGAUUCAAACUCUCCCACCUGGAAGUUCACCCAGUGCUUCGGUGACAAAGGAGAUGUUGAAGAUAUCACAGAAGCCGAUAUCAUAUCAACCGUCGAAUUCGACCAUACCGGUAAUUACUUAGCAACAGGAGACAAAGGCGGCCGAGUUGUUUUGUUUGAGAGGAACGAGACGAAAAAAACUUGUGAAUACAAGUUUCACACCGAAUUCCAGUCGCACGAGCCCGAAUUCGACUACCUCAAAUCUCUAGAGAUAGAAGAGAAGAUCAACAAGAUUAAGUGGUGUCGUCGUCAGAAUGCUUCUCACUAUUUGCUCUCCACCAACGACAAAACGAUCAAGCUAUGGAAGGUUUUCGAGAAGUCACUAAAAGUAGUAGCUGAGAACAACUUGUCUCACGACCUGACGCCGGGCAAUGUCGCUGGUGUAGGAGGAGGUGCUCCUAGAGCUCUUCCUCAGUCACAUUUCAAGACCGCUGGAGAGUUGAAGCUACCACGACUGACGCAUCACGAUACUGUCGUCGCUGCGGUUCCCCGACGUACGUACGCGAAUGCUCACGCCUAUCACAUCAACAGCAUCUCGGUCAACAGCGACGGGGAGACCUUCAUAAGCAGCGACGAUCUGCGGAUCAACCUCUGGAAUCUGAAUAUUCAGGACCAGAGUUUCAACAUUGUCGACAUCAAGCCUGCGAAUAUGGAGGAGUUGACCGAGGUCAUUACUGCUGCCGAAUUCCACCCCAUUAGCUGUAACUGGUUUAUGUACGCAAGCUCGAAGGGCACCAUCAAGCUAGCAGACAUGCGGGAGAGUGCCCUUUGCGAUCAGCAUGCAAAACUUUUUGAACAAGAAGAGGAUCCGUCGUCAAGAUCGUUCUUUUCCGAGAUCAUAUCCUCCAUUUCAGACGUGCGCUUCUCAUACGACGGCAGAUACAUCUUAUCUCGAGACUACCUCACCGUCAAGAUCUGGGAUGUCAAUAUGGAACGCCAACCAGUCAAGACCAUACCUAUUCACGAGCACCUUAGGCCACGGCUAUGUGAUACGUACGAGAACGAUAGUAUCUUCGACAAGUUUGAAGUUGUUUUCUCGGGUGACGCCAAAAAUGUCAUGACGGGAAGUUAUAAUAACAACUUCAUGAUCUAUCCUUCGGAUCCCGAGAAGGAGAUCGAGGUCGUAUUACAAGCAGACAAAUCAGCCUUCAAGGCGAAGAAAGUAGGUAUCCCGACACCUAUCAACUCGUCGACGAGCCCCACAGCGACCAACGGCGGUAAGAAGGGCGGAUCGCGUGCGGGUAGCCCGGCGGCCGGAGCGGGUCAGGGACAGAGGAUGCGGAAGGAGACAGACGCAGAUCAGAUUGACUUUAACAAGAAAAUCCUGCACAUGAGUUGGCAUCCAUUCGAGGACAGUAUCGCCAUUGCUGCAACAAACAACGACUACGGGCAGGACGGGUACCUAGAUAUGCACAGGUGUCGCUUCCUACUGUCAGAUUGCGACGAUUUGCGCAGCUGCGUACUACCUAAUGUACAGCGGACGCCGGACAGUGAAACCUGUCAAGUCCAGUGCUUAUACAAUCAAGCCACAUCCAUUGGACCAUUGGAUCAUCGGACGGACGAGACGGACAAAUUAAACAAAAUUAACACAAACUCAUGUCUACUUCUUAUGGGUCUCGCCGGCCGUAUUUUUAUCGAAACUAUUCCGCAAUGGCUAGCCGUCGGGGCAAUGCUCAGCCUAAUCUUUGGCGGCUGUUGUUCGAACGUCUUUGCUCUCGAGGCCAUUAUUAAGCUUUUGUUUGUAGGAACGCUUUUGACUUUCGUGCAGUUCCUCUUCGUUGCUGUCACUGGAUACGUCUCGCAGUUCGAUAUUACGCGCCCACCCUUCUUCGUGAAACCGAACCGAGUCCCGAUCCGUCGCUGGCUGAUCAACAUCAUUCUAUUCUUUAGCAUCAAUGUAUUGAAUAACCACGCCUUCAGCUACGACAUUUCCGUACCAGUUCACAUCAUUUUACGAUCCGGAGGCAGCAUUACAACAAUGAUCGCCGGGAGUUUAUAUGGAAAGAGAUAUUCUCGCAUUCAGAUUGUGGCUGUUCUCUUGCUUACGGUUGGUGUUGUCACGGCCGCGUGGUCAGACUCCCACAAGGGAACGUCCACUUCAAAUUCUCAAGAAAAUGUUCCCAAAUUUAGCACUGGUUUGGCGGUCCUCUUGAUCGCACAAAUUUUAUCGGCUAUUAUGGGAUUGUACACGGAAGAAACGUAUAGGAUCUACGGAGCGCAUUGGAAGGAGAAUUUGUUCUACUCUCAUCUGCUUUCAUUGCCGCUAUUCUUACCAUUUUCACGGUCUCUGGUCAAUCAGUUUAUGCGUUUGGCCGAUAGCAAACCACUUGCGCUCCCGUUACUAGCAGAGCACGUGAACUUGUCGACUGUCUCAGCUAAUGUGCGGCAUCAUAUUGAAGGAAUUUACAUUCCCAGUCAGGUGGCCUACCUUGCUCUCAACGUUUUAACACAGUAUGCCUGUAUCCGAGGCGUUAAUCUUUUAGCUGCCGUGUCAUCCGCAUUGACUGUUACCAUUGUGCUCAACAUUCGCAAGCUAGUCAGUUUACUGCUUAGCAUAUGGCUUUUCGGGAAUCGGUUGGCCACUGGAACUCUAAUAGGUGCCAUCGUGGUGUUUUCCGCAGGUGGCUUGUACUCGUUAGAUUCUAAGAAGCCAACUCCGAAGCCGAAGGCGAGCAGUGGGAAAGCGGGAUAG